CGCCCGCUUGCCGCCGCAUUACCUAAACGCCGCCGCGAUGACGUCACGCGUGUCGUCCAGCUGUAUGUCUGUCGGUUUCGUCUGCCUCUGUGCUCUGAUAUGAAGUUGGUGACGUCACGGAAAGCGGCAAUAAAAGCGCCACUCUAGUCGCGGCGGGCCUGUCACAGCCUUGACGUGUGCGCUCCUGGUGGCGAUGCUGCUCUCGGGCCGCCCCUCUCGGCGCGGACCUGCCCUUUCCCGGUGAGAAGAGGUGUGCGAGCCGGCGAUGAGGAUGAGCCAGCGGGCCUUUUCGCUCAAGACUCGGGUGGACGCCGGGAGAAGCCGCGUCAGCGAGACGCUGUCCGGCUCUCUGCCCAGGAUGAACCCGCAGACUCGCAACGUGCUUUUCCCAACGAAAACGCAAAAAACCUUCGAGGAGAAGAAGUUGAAUCCUUACAAAAAAACGGAAGAAAUAAAGCUGACGUUGCCUCCAAUCAACACUGUUAAGACCAGGGUCCACUCCUCGUACUCCAACAGCAUUAAGGAUCUGAAGAACCAGAACUAUGACCUGAAGCUGCAGCUGAUCGAGGUCAAGACGGAGACCAAGCUGUUAAAGAAAGUCCAGCAUCGCCACACGGUGGCGCUGCAGAAUUACCACGAAGCCGAAGAUAGCAUUUCCGAGGUGCUGACACAGAACGACAACGAGGUCCGGGACCUGCAAAAGCUGCUGUGCGGAACGCGCACCUGCCGCAACAACCUGGCGUGGAAGCUGCAGGUGACGGAGAAGGAGCUGACCAACGUCAAAGACAAGAUCCAGCAUCUCCAGCGGCGGGUGGUCAAGGAGCACACCUUGCCGGCCAAGGACGAGAUGUCCCGCGAGCUGAACAAAGUCUCCGGGCAGCUGCAAGACAAGGACAGGCGCAUACAGGAUUUGGAGAAGUGCAACAAAUUUCUACGUGGCUCCCUCAAUCGGCAAGCGACAUCGGAACACAAAAAGAUCAGCGUGGCCAGGAAGACGUCCUAUUGUUUGCAGACGCAAGUUUUCGAGUUAAAAAAGGAAACUCGGGACAUAAAAAGAGAGUUGGACACACACAAUAUUUAUGCCUAUAAACUCGGUAAUCAACCAAAAAAGAAAGGCAAACUGAACAAGAUGGUCCAGACCGAUGUUGUCUCUGCGUCCUGCAGCGAGACCGAGAAUCCCGUCAAGUCGGAAGUGUCGGAACCUGAGGAGAAGCCACCUGUCAGUCAUUCGGUGAUCCCUGAGAGACAGGAUUACGGGCCGCCCCUACCACCGCCCUCUCUGGAAGAUCCAAAAGAGCCGGAGGAUACCAACAAAUAUCCAGUGGUUGAAGAAAUCCCCAGUCAUCCGCCUGUGGUGGAAUAUGUUGAGGAAGUGAUCGAGGAAAGGAAGCCAGACAUGGUGGUUGUCCAGCAGCCAGAGAAGCAAGAAGAACAGGUGGUCUGGAUCCCAACACCGCCUAGACAUAGAGGAUUCCCACAGAUACCGACCAGACACAGACGGAAAUACAUAUUCUCACCGGUCAUUGAGAACCUACAUAAGGGCAGACCAGCCUACAGCGGUGUGGACAUGAAUGAAUACAAGGCCUUUCAGAGACUGAGGAAGGCAGAGUCUUUUAGUCAAUCGUGUUCAGGAAGUUCACCAGCUUGGAGAUCGGAUUACAUAGAAGACAGCUCUCCAUGCGGGUUUGAGACACCCCAACCCGAAGGGGUGUCCUUUGUGUCACAGGAAGUCUCCGAUUUGCCUGAGUCCAAACUUAGUGUCUCUGAAAUAUGCGAGUAAGUAAGCUCUGCGGGUUUUAAUACUCGACGGAUGAGUAUUUGUCUUACAUUUUUACAACAGCUGGUUUAACAGCGGUCUGUUUGGAAGGAUCAGUUUUUACAGACUUGGAAUUCAAUCUGAACCGACCUGAACUCAAACCAAAUUAGACAGACUACACCUGCACACCAAUCACUGACUGAAUAAGUCACAAUGUAGGUUGAUUGUAAUGGCUAGUUUGAGAUGUCGCAUAUUUUAGAUAGAUAUGUCGAUGAUGACCUUUGACACCAACUACCUCAAUCCUCACGUUUAAGGUUAUUCAAUGUUAUUUCCGGGCGAUGGUCUUUGAAGAUCAGUUUAUGCCAACAGUGUACAUAUUCUUAGCCUUUUAGCUUUAGCUACCUCAGCCAUUUUAAGUCUUGUAUUCUUUGAAAUCUAUAGGACUUCAUUGGCAUUGAACAAUAAUUCCUGAGUAUAUGGUUGUACGAAUGAUUUCUACCUGUCUACCUCAACUACCCCGUGUUGGAUAUUUAAAAUAGGGGUUCCUCGCUCUGACAAAGAGCAGUGAAAGUUUGAAUGUUGCUACUGUCAAAUUAUACCUUUGCCAAAUGCUGUGUAGUACCUCAGCGGUAGAGUAGUCUAAGGACUUGACUGACUUUAAGGACUUGAGUUGGGGACUUGAAGCUGACAAGUUCAAGACCAGUAGACAAAGGAACAGGUACUGUAGAGAAGCCCGUGAACAAGGCACCAAAAGCCCAACUGGUUAGGGUCUGACUGCAACUCCUCUUACAUCCGCAUAUGUUUUCUGGUAUAUGUGUAUGCAUGUAGAGUAUAUUAUAUAUAUGUACAGCAAAUCUGAUCUGAUCUGGCCUGUGUUUCCACAGCAGUCAUGGAAAGUCCGUACCAAACUGAACCCAAGUGUACUUUUUUGGCAGAAAUCUGGUAUAAAUGUGGUUUGAACGUAAUGCAAAAGUUUCCCAAUAGCUUUCUACCUUUUUAUGGUGAAAUGACACAUGCACACACACGUUGGUUGUGUGAUUGGUUGAGCACAGGUCUUGGAAGGUAAGCAGGGUCUGAAUGCAUAUUGACAGGUCUAUCACGUUUGAUCAACUUGCAUCCCUACGUCACAGUCAAAACAGUUAUAGUUGUCGGAUUUAUUACGUUAAAUUCUAAACCAAUAGGACAACUAUGUUUACAUGCACAGCAUUUCUCCAAUCAGAUCUAAACUUUGGUUGAACGGAAUUCCCAAUCCACUGUUUACGUGGACACUAAAUAAAUUCUUGCAAUACAUGCAUAACGUGUUUAAUCAGGAAAUAGUGGAAACUACUUUUGCCUAUGUCGUAAACAAAUCUGCGUGUUCUCAACUAAUUUGCUUUGUUCCUCACACGUUACCUUUUUAUUAAAUUUUUUAAAAUGGUUAUUUUCACAAGCUUGUUUGUAAAACUGUUUCUUAACUGUUCGACUAUCAAGGCGUUCAACAAUCCUGAGUCCUAUUAACAUUUCUGACAACAAAGUUGUGUCACAACAGAGCAAAUCUGCGUCCCUCCCACCUUGUCUGCCGCUCGGCGAGCACCCGGCUGUCUCAAAGGCGGAAGCGCGGCAUGCUGAUGUAGAAAAUAGGCGCAGUGAAGCUGAAUUUACCCUAACCAUGGAGAAAUGAUCCGAUCUGUACAUUGACACAGUUCGGAAUAACAAUCAGCAUAAACCACCCCUCUUGUUCGGAAUCUUCUGAUUGACAUGUAGCAUCUUUAAUCUAAUUGGACCUUUUAUUUAUAUGAUUUAUGUCCAUUUAAACACGGCUAAUGAGAGGUAUUACAAAGAAAACAUUUCAAUUUUGUGUUUGCUUGUGUUCUUUCUUAUAAAACAAAACUUGCACCCCGACUGUUGUAAUUUACUAAUAUUUUCCACAAAAUUUAAAGUUGAAUUGGGAACAUCUCUGCGCUGCUGACCCGUCUCCGCUCGGGAUGGUUUCCUGCUGGCCCCACUAGACUGGACUCUUGCUAUUAUGUUGGAUCCACUGGACUCUCACAAUAUUGUGUCAGACCCACU